AUGGUUAAAGCUGCUGAACGUCUGCCGCGUCUUGGAGGCGACACUUUGACCUGCAAAAACAAAUCGCCCUCAAGCGUAGCCAAGAACCUUUCAUUCAUUCUAAACUUGGUCACCAUAAUCACCAUUGCAUAUCUUUAUUUCCACUCCUCCAGUGGCGACAGUCCAGCCGUGAAUGAGCCACCGGUAUUUAACCCAUAUUCGAAGAAAAAUGUCAUCAUGAUGGUGACAGACGGCAUGGGGCCUGCAAGCAUGUCAGCCGCCAGAUCAUUCCGCCAAUUCAGAGACAAGUUGCCCAUCAAUGAUGUGUUGACAUUGGACAAAUUCUUGAUUGGUAGUUCACGCACGAGAUCUUCGAGCUCGUUGGUGACUGACUCGGCGGCUGGUGCAACUGCAUUCUCGUGCGCUUUAAAGUCAUACAACGGCGCUGUUGGAGUUGACCCUCAAAAGAGACCAUGCGGAACUAUUCUUGAAGCGUUGAAAUUGCAAGGCUAUUUCACUGGUUUGGUCGUCACUACUCGAAUCACCGAUGCUACUCCAGCGGCGUUUUCCUCGCAUGUCGAUUACAGAUUCCAGGAGGAUUUGAUUGCCGAGCACCAGAUUGGUGAAUAUCCAUUUGGAAGAGCUGUGGAUUUGAUCUUAGGUGGCGGUAGAUGCUAUUUCUUGCCUACAUCAGUCCCUGGCGGCCGUAGAGCCGACACAAGAAACCUUGUUGAAGAAACUCAAAAUAAUGGAUGGUCGUAUGUUGGCAACAGAGCCGAGUUUGACGCGUUGGAUGGCGGCAAAAAUGUCACUUUGCCGCUUUUGGGAUUAUUAGCUGAUACCGAUAUCCCCUACGACUUGGACCGAGACGCGUCGGAGUAUCCGUCCUUGGCCGAACAAGUCAAAGUUGCCUUGACUGCGUUGUCUGAAGCCACCAAGGACUCGGAACAAGGGUUCUUCUUGUUGAUAGAAGGCUCUAGAAUUGACCACGCCGGCCACCACAAUGACCCCGCGGCACAAGUAAGAGAGGUGUUGGCCUAUGACAAGGCUUUUGAAGAAGUGGUCAAGUUUAUUGACUCUUCGGAUGUGGAAACCGUUGCUAUUUCCACAAGCGACCACGAGACCGGAGGAAUGGUCACUGCUAGACAAGUGACCGAAGCAUACCCAGACUACUUGUGGUAUCCCGAAGUAUUGUUGAACACGUCAAAGUCUGGUGAAUACUUGUCGAAAACAAUUUACAACUAUAAGGAUAAGAAAACAGGAGGCAAAUUUGAAAAAUUCAUUAGGGAACUGAUUCUUGAAAACGAAAUGGGCAUCAAGUCGGCUAGCGAUGAUAUCGUGGAGAGUCUCAUUUCAAAGGCUUCGGACCCAAACUCUUUGUUAUACGUGUUGAACAAUAUUACUUCAUUCAAUGCUCAAAUUGGAUGGACCACUCACGGCCACUCUGCCGUUGAUGUCAACAUUUACGCACACACAAACUCGGACUCGAUUUUGCAAAGAUUGAAAUCCAAAUCCAGAGGCUUAUAUGGUAACCACGAAAACAUCGAAAUUGGAGCUUUCAUGGAAGAGUUGACUGGCUCGGAUUUGAACCAAAUCACUGACAUGAUUAAAAAGACUAAGCAUUCGCCGGGAAAGAAGGAUGUUUUCGUUGACGAUAUGCAUGCAAAUGCCUUGGCUCAGUAA